AUGGGAAAUACAUCAUCAAAAAUUCCUUCAUUACAAAUCUUAAAAAUCACUGAAAAUAGCAUAUCGCAUAAAAACAACAUACUUCCUUUUAUGCACACAAUUGUUAAAAUAAAUGAUAUACCUGUAAGUGAUAAAACUGAUGCAUUAGAAAUAGUGAAAAUGUGGGAGCAAGAAGAUUUAGAUUUAUUUUUAAGAGAUUUAAGGACAAGUACAAAUUUUCAUCUUGUAAUUCCUAAGAAAGUAUCUGAUGCAAGAUUAGGAAUGAGUGUAAAUUUCACUGAUGACAUUAUUGAUUUGUUUACAGUAAAAAUUUUACAGGUCAUUGAAGGAUCUCCUGCACAGCAGUGUGGUUUAUUACAACAUGAUUAUAUUCUUGGUGUAGAAGGGAUACCAAUGGAAAAUGAGAAUAAAUUAUUGAAAUAUAUUGAGAAGAAAAAGAAAGAUGGUAUGACUUUACUUGUGUUUAAUGAAAAGAUGAAUUUUAUAAGAAAAGUUCACUUUAUUGUAAAAAGUGGGUUAAGUUUAUAUGGAUGCAAAAUAGGACUAGGUGUAUUGUAUGCAAUUCCGGGAGACAAAAGAAAUAUUACUGUAGAAUUUGAUCAAGAAGUUAUUAAUAGAAAAAUAGAAGAAUUUAAAAAAGAUAAUACAAAGGAGAUAGAAAGUAGUGAAGAAAAUACUAACUAUCAAAAUUUAGAUAAAGUUAAUGAAAAUUCGAAAGCAGUUAAAAUUGAAAACGAACGUGAAGAUAAUCGUUUUGAUGACGAUGUAAGCAUUAAAUCUAGAAGCAAUGUAAAUAGUGAGAAAAUAAAUGAUGAACAAAGUAAAAAUAAAGACGGUGAGGUUGCAGAUAAAAGCGAAUUGGAGAAUGAAAUGACAAAAAAUAUUUAUAAAAAGAAUAAAUCUGCACACAAAGCGAUCCAAACAAAGAAUAAAGAUGAAGAACAAUAUAAAAAAGAUCCUUUGAACGAAACAACAAAAUAUAUGGAUAGAGAUGAAACAGUUGAUAAAAAAUCUACGAAUGAAACAAUGUCGGGUCUGAAUGAGACUACACAAGAUUUUAAUGUUAAAAAAGACCAAAAUCAAAAUGAAAGAGAUAAAUUAUCACAUAAAACUAAAAAAAGUUUUAAUGAGAAUCAAAGUACAUUUAACAAAAGUAAAUCAAUAAACGAUCUUAGAAAAAGCGAUAUUGAAGAUAAAAAAAGUGAAAUUACUGAGAAACAAAAGUCUUUAAAUAAAAGUGCAAAAAUUACAAAUGAAGAUAAAAAACAAAAUUUAUUUGACGAAAGUAGAUCAUUACAUAAUUCUACAAAUGGAAAUAUUGAAGGUAAAAUGAGUGAAAUUGCACAUAAAGAUAAUCUUGUUUCUGAAGACGUCAAACAAAAUGGUAAAGAAAUUAAUGAAAAAAAUAAAUCGGUACGUGAACCUACACAAGAUACUGUUAAAGGUAAACAGAGUGAGAUUACUGAGAAAUAUAAAUCUGUUAAUGAAGAUGAAAAAGUCGAUGAAGAGAGUAAAUCGACAUGCGAAUCUUUACAGGUGGAUGUUAAAGAUAAACAGAGUGAAAUUAUUGAGAGACAUGGAUCUAUACGUGAAUUUACAAAAAGCAAUGUAGAAGAUAAACAGAGUGAAAUUAUUGAGAAACAUGGAUCUAUACUCGAACCUUUACAAGGAAUUUCUGAUCAUAAAGAUGAAAAAAUUACUGAUGAUAAUAAAUCUGUUAAAGAAGACAUGAAAGAGCGAAGUAUUAAAGAGAUUGGUGACAAAAGUAAAUUGGAAGAUGACUUGAUAAAAAGCAAUAACGAAGACAAACAGAAUGAAAGUAUUAAAAAAAACAAAUCUGUACAAGAAAAUAGUGACCAAGAAAGUAAUGACAAAAGUAAAUCUUUACAAGAGAGGGAAGCAGAUGUUAAUAACAAAAAUAAAUUGGUAAAUGAAUCUGCAAAAGACGAUAUCGAAGGUAAAAUGGGAGAAUGUGCUUACAAAGAUAAUUCUGUUUAUGAAGAUGUCAAACAAAAUGUUGAAGAAAUCAAUGAAAAAAAUAAAUCUGUACAUGAACCUACACAAGAUAUUGUUAAAGAUAAACAGAGUGAGAUUAUUGAGAAACAUGAAGAUGUAAAAAAACAAAGUGACAGUGAAAAUUACGAUAAAGUUAAAUCAGAAAAUGAAUUUAUUAAAAGUAACAUUGAAGAUAAACAGAAUGGAAUCACUGAGAAACAUGAAGAUGCAAAAGAACAAAGUGUCGAAGAAGUUAAUGAAAAAAGUAGAUCUGUACAUGAAUCUAUAAAAACCACUGAUGAAGAUAACCAAAGGGAACAUAAUCAGAAAUUAGAUUCUGUACAUAAAGAUGUAAAAGAAACUGAUGAUAAAAGUAAAUCAGUAGAUAAAUCAACAAAAAUUAACACUGAAGAUAAACAAAAUGGAAACAUUACAAAAAAUAAAUCUGUACAUGAGGAAAUAAAAGAAGAAAGUAUCGAAGAAGAUAGAGAAAAAAGUAAAUCAAUUCAUGAACAAAUACAAGACACUAUCGAAGAUAAAAACAAUGAAAUUACGAACAUUGGCAGGUCUGUACAUGAAAACACGCAAGAAAUAAGUGAAGUAAAAGUUAACGACAAAAGUAAAUCUAAAGAAGAAAAUACAAAGGAGCAAAGUCUCGAGGAAGCAAGAGACAGAAGUAAAUCAAUACAAAAAAAUACACAAGAAAUAAGUGAAGUAGAAGUUAACGAUAAAAGUGAAUCUAAAGAAGAAAACACAAAGGAGCAAAGUCUCAACGAAGCAAGAGACAGAAGUAAAUCAAUACAAAAGAAUACACAAGAAAUAAGUGAAGUAAAAGUUAACGACAAAAGUAAAUCAAUAUAUGGAUCUACAAAAAGAAAUAUCGAAGAUACAAAAAGUGAAAUUGUCGACAAAAAUAAAUUUUUACAAGAGCUGAGUGAUGAUAAAGUUAAUGACAUUAAUGAAUCUUUACACAAAAACACACAAAAACAAAGUGAAGAAGAGAUAAAAGGCAAAAGCGAAACAGUUCAUGAGUUGACAGAAAGCAAUGUCAAAGAUCAACAGAGUAAAAUUAUUGAAAAGAGUAAAAUUUUAAACGAACAAAAUGAUGAAAGAGUGGAUGACGAAAAUAAAUCAAUAAAUGAAUCUAUAAAAAGCAAUAUAGAAGAUAUACAGAGUGAAAUAAUUGAAAAAAAUAAAUCCACAUUUAAACCUAUACAAGAUGUUUCGGAUGUCAAAACUGAAAAUGUUAUUGAAGUAAGUAAAUCUGUAGAUAAAAAUACGCAAAGACAAACCGAGGAAAGGAUCACUGAAAAAAGUAAAUUAGUAGGUGAACCCGCAAAAAAUAAUGUAGAGGACGAACAGAAUGAAUUUAUUGAGAAAAAUAAAUCUGUACACGAAGACAUUAAAGAACGAAAUGAAGCACGAAAUUCAACAGUUAAUGAAAAAAGCAAAUCUGUGAGUAAAAGCUUGAAAGAUUUUAAUGAAGAUGAACAGAAAGAAGUUUAUGACAAAAAUGCAUCUAUAGAUGAAAUAACAAAAAAUUUAAAUAAAAGAAAUGAUCAAAAUAAAUCUGUACACGAAAACACACAAGUGCAAAGUGACAAAGAAAUCACUGACGAAAACAAAUCUGUACAUGAAAACGUGAAUGAACAAAGUAUUGGAAAGGCCGGCGGCAAAAGUUAUGUAAAACAUGAAACGGUGCAUAGCAUAGAAGAAAAUUCACAUAUGAGAAAUUUUCUUGAUAAACAUACACAAAAUUUAAAUGAAGAUAAGAACAGUAAUCUUACCAUUAAAAGUACACAUCUGAAUGAAGCAAUAAAAUCUGAAAUUAAAGAUGAACAAGGUGCAUCCGUUGAUAACGAUUUUGUACAUGAAACAUCUAAAGAAUUUAUUGAAGGUAAAAGUGAAGAAUUUAAUGAUUACAAAGCAGUUAAUGAAACAUCCGAAGUUUUAAACGAAACUAGUGACGAGUCAAGUAUUGACAACAACACUUUACAUGAAACUUUAAAAGACAAGAUUGAUGAUAAAGACAAAAUAGAAAAAAAUAUGUACGGAACUUCUUUACAAGAUAACAUUGAUACAAAGAUGAGAAAUAACAUCAAUCAAGAUGCAAUUGAUAAAGAAACUAAAGCCAAUGACACUCUUAAAGAUUUAAAUCUUAUAGAUUCUGAAAUAAGAAAAGGUGUUAUAUCCGAAGCUUCUUCAAAAAACGUUAAUCAAGAUCAACCUAUAAAUAAACUUAAUGAAAGUGAAAACAGUAAAUUGUUAGAAGAUUCUAAUUUUAAGAAUCAAUUAAGUGAAAAUAAAAAUGAGACUACAAUGACAAAUAGCAAUAAUUCUGAUAUAACAACAUCACAAAGAACUGAAUUAAUAGAAUCGGACAAAAAAACAAGCGUAAAGUCAAAUUCUUUUAAUGCAUCUAAAAUAAUGACAGAUGAAAAAAAUGUGUCUGAUUUUAAGCAUAAAGAGACAAAUUCAGAAAGGGCGUUAUCAGCUGAUAAUACUGGCAAUUUUAAAAAUUCUGGCAGAUAUUCAACAAAUGUAAAAUUAGAAGAUGUUAUUACUGAUACAACUAAAAGUAAUACUAGUCUGUUCCAACAAAGUUUAUUAAGCAAAAAAGAUAAUAUUUCAAAUGAAUCUAUCAAAAUAGUGGAAGAUAAACAUUCAGACGUAAAGAGUCUUCUAAACGAACGUAGUUUAUUUACAAAGUUUGCAAUAAAUAAGGAAGAGACACUAAUUACAUCCUCUGAAAACAUUAAAGCAUCUGAGGAAGAGAAAGUAAAAGAUAAAAAUACAUUGUUAAUACACCCUUCACAAAAAUCUUUAGAUAAAGGAGAUAUGACAAAAAAUAGUACUUUUUUUAAAACGACUGUAGAAAUUAAUGAUAAUGAACAUACAGAGAAUGCUCUAAGUACUUCUUUGGAUAUUAAUGACAGAAGAAAUAAUGAUUCCGUUACUAAAAAUAAUCUACAAGAAAAGAUAAACACAGCAAAUGAAAACUCUUUCAGUACAAAAUUAUUGAAUAAUAUGACACAUAAUUUUGAUGAAGGUAAAAGUUUAAUAAGAGAUAAAUCUGAUAAGAUUAAUCAAGUAAAUUCUUAUACAAGCAUUAACGAUAACAAAAAUAUAAGCGAUUCUGUACAAGAAGAAGAUUUUAACAAUUUGAAUGAUGCUGAGGAAAAAAUAAAUAUACAAAAUAAGAGUGGUCAAACCACUUUAAGGGAAAAUUCAAUUUUUAAAAAUACAGAAAUUUGUAAUCAGACAUCUAAAAUAAAUAGUUUGAAUAAAAUUGCUGAUGAAAAAUUUCAUGGCACGAAUGAACCGUUAGAGAAUAAUAUUAGUGAUAAAGAUAGAAGUAAAACUGAAGUAUAUGACAGUAUUAAAAGAAAUACAAAAGUAUAUCUAGAAGAAACUAGAAAGACAGGUGGCACUACUCACGUUUCAGAAAUAUUAAACAAUGAAGAUCUUAAAGAAACAAUUGAAAUGUCAAAUAGUAACGAGGUAAGUAAAAACUUUAAUUCUGAUGUAAAAAAUAAUGUUACCGAUAGAUCUGAAAAAGAACAGGUAAAUAAGCAUAGUAUAAUUUAUGAUAAAGAUGAAUUACACAAUAAUAUUAAUAAUCAUCUACAGAAGGAAUCAAAAAGUGGAACAGAUACACAUUCAAAUUUUAUUAAUUCAAAUAUGAGUAAUUUUCAGAAGGAUUAUACUAAACAAUCAAAAGAAAGAAGUAAAUGUAGCGAAGUCUUUACAAAUGAUGAUUUAGAAAGUAAACUAAGCAUGUCAAAAAAUCUUGAAAAUAAUAAUAAAUUGACACAAUACGAGGAUAAAGAUAACAAAUUUAAUGAACCAGUCAAAAAUACUGAAAAAUUAGAAAGUAAUAGUAUAUUAAUUUCUAAAACAAUCCUGAAUAAUUUACCUAGUAAAUCGUACUUAGAAAAUAACGAACGAAGCAAAGAUAUUUUGGCAUCUUCAAUAAUUAAAGAUAGUGAAAAAAGUAUUAGUAAUACAAAUAGCAAUUUAGUCACAACAGUAAACAAAGAUUCAUCAGUCACAAAAAAAAAAGAGUUUAAAGAUGAUGAUGAUAAAGACAGAAGCAUAAACAAUUUUACUGUACAGUCUAGCGAACAAAAUGUAAAACAAUCUCAGAUUACUUCUGAAGAUAAAAAAAAUCUAAACGAAAUGACAAUUUCUAGCUUACAGACAAUAGAAGAUCAAACAUUUGUAAAUAUAUUUAGUGAAAAUGACAAAGAUUCUUUUGUUAUGGAUUUUAAAUCUACAGAUAAUAUUUCUACAAAUAAUAAUAAGUUAACAUCUUCAGAAAAAUCAGCUAAUUCGGUUAAUAAUUUAGAACAAAAUAUAUUUACAAAUGUUACUGAGUCAAUGAAGGGCGUUGAAAACACUUCGUUAAUUAAAUGUACAAGUCAGGAAAAUAAAAUUGGUGAUAAUAUAAAAACAUUAUUAAAUAAUGAAGAACAAGGUAAUAAUAUAAACGAGGAUAAUGAUAUAAGCAUUGUACAACAGAAAUACAAUAAUUUGGAAUCUGUUUCUGAAAAUAUAACUGAAAACCCAAAUACAUCUAUAAAAGAUAUAAGUGUAAAUGCUGAUAAAGGAGGGAAUAGUUGUGAAAAUUACACCACUAGAGCUGAAUACUCUGUUUCAAAUACAAAAGAUAAUAUAUCUAAUUCAUUUAUUACUGAUAUUAGUAAUGUAAGAAUACUUGAUAAAAAACAACACGAAGAGGACAAGAAAGUAAAUUUAACAAUAAAUAAUACAUUUUCUUCGAUACUAAAAGACGAUAAUGAAGAUGUUUUAGAUUCUUUGGAAAUAAAAAAUGAGUUAGUACACAAAACAUUUGUAGAAAAAAGUCAGAAGAAUAACACGUUUAAAGAAAGCGGUAGUAAAAUUAUAAAAGAUAAAGAUGAGCAUCCAAAGAUUAAUACAUCGAUUAAGCAGAAUGAGGUCUCUUCUGGAGAUAAUAAUACAAAUUUAGAAAGCAAUUCUAAGGUAGUAAAAACAGAAUUUUUAAAUUCUGAAAGUGAUUUUUUUGAUUACUUGACAGUCAUAAAUAAUGUUGAUAAAAGUUUGUCUACAGAAAUUAAAAAUAAUACAAAAAAUAUGGUGGAAUAUAACCUCAAUCCUUCCGAUUAUAUUUUUGAAGCACAAACAGAGGAAGAGUAUAAUGAUAUUUUAAAAAUACUAAAAAAUACAAAUGACGACAAGUCAUUUAAAAACGAAAGUCAUCAUUUAGAUGAAAAUGAUUCACUUUUAGACUUUUUAGGAACACCAUGCAAUGUUGGAAAGGAUAAUGUCAAUGGGGAGACAAGAAUUCAUAAUCUUUCUGAUCAAGAUUCUAAAAAUAAUCAUACUGAUAUAAAAGAUGACAAAUUAAAUACAAUGGCUACAGAGGCAGACAUUUCCGAACUUAAUAUGACAGAUAAAAGUAAUGUAAGAGUUAUAAAUCAUAAUUACUCUACUAUUCUACAACAAGACACAGAUAUGGAGAGUGUUACAGAAGAUUUAAAGAGUGUGUAUAAAACUGCACUUGAACGUUUUUCAGAACUCGAAAAAAUUGAAGAACCAACCAGGCCGGGAUUUUUAGGAGAAAUUAUCUCAAAAUUUACACCAGAGAAUGAUUUACCAAAUGAAGAUGCUUCUGAUAUUUUAAAACUUUUUAGUGAUGAAGACCAAGAUUCUGAUUUUGAUUUAGAGGAUUUUAAUGCUCAUUUGAAAUAA